AUGAUGAGCUUAACAAUAAACUAUUUUUUUGCUGCUCAACUAAUGAUAAUGAUUCAUGGACUGAUAGCAGUUGUUAUUUCGAAUAAAUUUCCUCAAAUUUUAACUCAAUCAUAUAAUCAAACAUUGAACAUAUCUGAUACAGCUAUUUUAACAUGUCAUGUAGAAAAUCUAGGCUAUCAUCAUGUAACGUGGCUUAAAUAUGAUCCCACAACAACAACAUAUUUGCCUUUGACUGUCAGUGAACAUGUAUUUAUUUCUGAUACACGUUAUUUUGUUUCGUCAUAUUCAACAUCAUCAGAUAGUUCAUAUUGGAAUUUAGAAAUAUCGAACUUAAAAUUAUCCGAUGAAGGUAUAUAUGAAUGUAAAAUAUCGAAUCGUCGUGCGAGUGCAUCAAUACAAAUUAAUCUACAAGUACAAAUACCAAUGACAAUAAAACCUUCACGGCUAUAUGUUGAACCGGGUUCAUCAGUUGAAUUAGAUUGUAUAAUUUAUAAUAUAAAUACAUCAUCAAUAACGUGGCAUUUUUCGAGUUUAAAUCAUACACAUAAAUUAAAUAUCUAUCAUUAUGAUAUUUAUGAAAAAUUUUAUAAUGAUAAAAAUACUUCGAAAUCACAAUUGAUUAUACGUCAUGCACAACCCUAUCAUUCAGGUUUAUGGACAUGUACCUAUAAACGACAACGCAGAAGUGCCAAAAUUUUUGUUCAAAAAGGAGCACUUCAGCAUCAUCAACAGCAACGCCUUAUCUCAAAUAAUCGUUCUUCUUCUUCUAUUCAAUGUACCAUGAGUUUGAUUUUAUUUGCACUUCUUGUUGGUCAUCAUAUGACUCAUAGAAUAUGA